AUUAAACCUCAGUGGGAGGGAACUAUUGAAAAUAGGCAUGGUCUGAGAAAAUUCUAUAAAACUGGCAUAUACCAGGCUUAAAUCCAGAGAGCAACCAGACUUUCAACUGAAUAUAUUAAUCCAGCAAAAUGGUAAGAUUUACAUUGAAAAUAAAUACUUAAUAUAUGUUUGUUUAGCGGUUUAAUACAUGUCUGGUUUUUAUUUUAAACUAGAAUUAAGAUUAACCACUCCAGAAUCAAUAUAACAAGUGAUGUGACUAUCUCUGGUUCUGAAGCAGUUAAAAUGUACUGUUUUCCAAGGCUGGUAUCCAGGGGCUUAUCCCAGUUGUAUAUCAUAGCAUUGCAAAGUUAGUAAUUUGUAGGGAUCGGCAGCAUUAUCCACACCAUUUUAUGUUCAUUGCAACUCCCAUCACACAAAGCCAGGUUUUCACAGCAACUGGAGUCUGCAAUACCACUUGUUUCAAUUUCAAUUCACUAUGUAGUAAACAACUUCCUAAUAAAAAGUAUUUAUUGUUCUUAAAUGUACUUAUUAACAUUUUGUCACAUUUUUAUAAUUUGCACACCUCUAAUGGCUGGUUAUUAGAGGGAUUGUGAUAAGUGAGGUGGUAACAAUUUAUAUGAUAUACAAUUACAUUGUUGAUGUUCAAAUGGCAAAAUCUAUGUUCUAAGUUAACGUUUACAGAAGAAGUUAAUUAAAAUAUACUGUUCUGAUUUCUAGUGACACUUUCUAUGCGUUUGUUGAUAACUGCUACAAGAUGCAACUAGAUUGUAUAAAUCAAUAUAUAAAUAUAAUUAUAGUGUGUAUAUCCCAUUCCAUGCAGACCACUCCUUUCUAGGAGUGCUAGGAGGUAAAUGCAGUAACUCCAAUGCAUGGCAAUGUGCAUACUCAGCACUUCAACUAUUACUUUGUAUUAUAACUAAACAGAUAUAUCUAAUCUAGGCAAGUACUUAUGUUUAUCAUAGCUUUCACAAAAGGCUUUGACAAAUAUUCCAAGAGAUGUGCAAGUGUAUGCAAUACAAUGGCUGUUAAAUAAACAAAUAUAAAAGUUCAAAUGUUAUCCAGAGGAUCUACUGUACUUGCCAUGACAAACAUGUCACAAAGCUAAUACAGUUAAAUAAUUGUCUGGUCAACCAGUCCAAGGUCACCAGUUACAAAUUACAUAUUGUGCUAGUACACAGACUGUGAUGGAUUUUCUCCUACUUUAGGAUACAUAACCUGGAUUGUGUUUUUAAUUGUAUUACCUCACUGUGGUAUCAAUGCCCACAUUUUAUUUUUCAUCCUCUUUUGGGGUACACUGAGAACAGGUGGGGCUUUGUGAGGGAAAAAAAAAAAAAACACCUUUAAGGGCACACUCCAACUUAUAAAUGUAAAUAUGUUGUAUCCACUUUUUGCUCAUGGACCAUAAAAUGCAAAAUUGAUCAAGUGUAACCAUCAUGCUUUCGUUGCCUUACAGGGAUUCUAUAGUGUUGGGAAUACAUAUCUAUAUCCUAACACUAUAGUGCCCUCUGAUCCCCCUCCCCUUCAUAAGAUAAAGGGUUAAAAAAAAAUUCACCGAUUCCAGCUCUGAUGUCUCGUAGAACUGGUUUGGCACUCCGCCUCCUCCGACGUUAUCCAAUGUGGGUACCUAAUGCACAUGCGCGGCGAGCACGUAAGGCCUUACUCAUAGGAAAGCACUGCCUCAGUGGGGGGAUUUCUCAGACGUUGUAGCUUGCUGAGCUUGAGGAUGUCCAGCAUCAUUUAAGGCACUUAGAUUCCCCGAGAAUCCUGGAAGUACCUCUAGUGGCUGUCUAAAUUUACUUUUUAGUAUCUAUUAAUUGCCAGAUGGGAAUCCCAAAUUGAAUCUUAAAUUGGUUCAGCCUACUACAUCCCCCGAACAAUUUGUUUGUGACAUACUUUCAGGUGGCUCGAUACACACCAAUGUUCAACAGCACAAACUAAAACCACUGUCCUAUAUGAUACUGACAUAUCCCACAAACCCACAUACAGUUAUUACUGCUGUUUUUUUCCUGUUGGCAAUAGUCUAUUCUCUUCUCCUUGAUUUCUCCAAUGUUUUUCUAUCAGCUUUCAGUUAGGGAAUCCUAACUGCUUGAUUAGUUUUAUCCAAUCAGUCAAGGAAAAGAGGGGCAGGAUGAUAGGUGGAACUGCAAUUGGUUAUUCAGGAUGAUUUGACACCAUGCAGGGAAAGAGUUUCACAGUCUGUAGCAACCAUAGUACCUAUAAAGAGUUUGUUUUCUAUGCUAUCUAAUUUAAUAAGCUCACUCUUAAAUAUAUAUUCUUAUAUUUUUUCAUUCUUUUUCUUACACAAUAUGUUGCUUGCCAUAUCUGGAUGAUCGCUAGUACAUAAUAUUUUGUAAAAGAUAGUUAUACCUUUAAGGCAGUGUGUUCAGGAGCUAAUUCACUUAAAAAUGGCUUAUUUAGUAGAAUUGAAUGUAAUAAUUUGGUCAAAAAUCUGGAACAGUGGAUGAUAAUUAAAAUAAAAUGUAUGGUGUGUAUACCUUUAAAUCUGCUAAAGGCAGAUUCUGCGUGUUGCACACCAAAUGAUCUGCUUAUUAGGAAGCCACUAUUAUUUACAGAGUGACAACAUAAAAAAUAGUCAUCUGUUUAAUGGUGUUGUACACACAAUUAUAUAAGAAAUAGUGUAUUAAACCUAGAAUUGUCUGAUAACAGACCAGACAAUUCUAGGUUUAAUACACUAUUUCUUAUAUAUUUGUGUGUACAACACCAUUAAACAGAUGACUAUUUUUUAUGUUGUCACUCUGUAAAUUAUAGUGGCUUCCUAAUAAGCAGAUCAUUUGGUGUGCAACACGCAGAAUCUGCCUUUAGCAGAUUUAAAGGUAUACACACCAUACAUUUUAUUUUAAUUAUCAUCCACUGUUCCAGAUUUUUGACCAAAUUAUUAGAUUCAAUUCUACUAAAUAAGCCAUUUUUAAGUGAAUCAGCUCUUGAACACACUGCCUUAAAGGUAUAACUGUCUUUUAUAUUUCUAGACAGGUUUGGGGUGUAUCCCUGGCUCAGUUCAGUCUUGAGCAAUUCAUUUUAAGUCGGACUCCCUCAUCUCUGUGGAUUGCAUUAAGCAGACCAGAUCCCACAUAAUAUUUUGUGUGUAUAUUGACUCUCAUUUUCCAAGUCUUAAAGGACCACUAUAGUGCCAGGAAAACAUACUCUGGAAGGGGGAAAAGGGGAAAAAACUUACCUUUUUCCAGGGCUGGGCGGGGAGCUCUCUGCCUCCUCUCCUCUUUCGAUCCGCCCCGUCGGCUGAAUGCGCACGCGCGGCAAGAGCUGCGCGCACAUUCAGCCGGUCGCAUAGGAAAGCAUUCAUAAUGCUUUCCUAUGGACGCUGGCGUGCUUUCACUGUGAUUUUCACAGUGAGAAGCACGCAAGCGCCUCUAGCGGAUGUCAAUGAGACAGCCACUAGAGGAUUUGGAGGAAGGCUUAACCCAUUGAUAAACAUGUUUAUAAAAAAAAUGGGUUAACCCUAGACGGACCUGGCACCCAGACCACUUCAUUAAGCUGAAGUGGUCUGGGUGCCUAGAGUGGUCCUUUAAAUACUCCCCAUAUCCAGAAACUAGAUGCAGCACAAUAAUAACAAUAAUAACAAUAUACCGCAACAUUCCAAUACAGUUUUUUACAGUAAGUAAAUCAGCACGUGACAAACCACAUCCCUAAGGACCACAUGUCAGGUCAUCAUAAUGAAAAAGUGAUUGCAAUUCUAUCUACUGACAAAGAUGCAUUCUCAUCUAGUGAGUUUGUUCUCCUGACUUUAAUUAACUACAAGGACAUUUACUUAAAGGACCACUAUAGUGCCAGGAAAACAUACUCAUUUUCCUGGCACUAUAGUGCCCUGAGGGUGCCCCCACCCUCAGGGACCCCCUCCCACCUGGCUCUGGAAAGGGGAAAGGGGUUAAGACUUACCUUUUUCCAGCGCUGGGCGGAGAGCUCUCCUCCUCCGAUCCUCCUCUUCUCCUCCCCGUCGGCUGAAUGCGCACGCGCGGCAAGAGCUGUGCGCGCAUUCAGCCGGUCACAUAGGAAAGCAUUCAUAAUGCUUUCCUAUGGACGCUGGCGUGCUCUCACUGUGAAAAUCACAGUGAGAAGCACGCAAGCGCCUCUAGUGGCUGUCAAUGAGACAGCCACUAGAGGAAAUAGGGGAAGGCUUAACCCAUUCACAAACAUAGCAGUUUCUCUGAAACUGCUAUGUUUAUGAAAAAAUGGGUUAACCCUAGAAGGACCUGGCACCCGGCCACUUCAUUAAGCUGAAGUGGUCUGGGUGCCUAGAGUGGUCCUUUAAGUGAGAUUUCAAAGUUAAUUUUAAAAUCAAGGUCAGAGUAGCCAAAUUAGAAGAGCUUAGUUAGAGAAUUGUUUUCUAUUUUGACCUUAAAUUUGACAUUCACUUUGAAAUAACCCUGUACUCCAACCAUAAAACUAUGUAUGUCAAAUCACUGAAGUGGUCAUGGUUCUUGUAGUAAACCUUUAAGGAUCAAUGACUUUUUCCAAAAUGUAAUCUCCCACUCAGUUUGCAACAGAAACAAUAUAUGGAGCUACCAAGGGAAAACAGUACAUUGCUGCUUGUGUUAUUUAUGAGAAUUGCAGUUGUUUUGUAGUGUUGUAUGUGCAGUUGUGGGCUGUUAUAUUGUAUAUCUUCAUGAGUAGUUUGUGGUAUUGUGUAUGAUACUUGUGUAUGGAGGCUGCUUGUAGAACUGUGUGUGUGGAUGAUAUGGCACAUUGUGUGUUUGUUGGGACUGGGCUGGCCAGGUCAAGGGCAAUAGCUGCUGCACAUUACUCUACUCCAGUGUGGAUACCCAUUCACAAGUGCUGGGUAGAAGUGAUCUGGGAUCACUGCCUCUAAGUGGUGCAAUGCGUAAAUCGAGGAUUGUCCCUCACCACCUGCAAUCACCGCUCUGUUUGCACUAGCAGAUAUAUGAAGUCCCACCAGAACUCCUGAUAGGUCAGAGACUGUUUGUCUCUGGCAGCCUUGAAUGACAUGCAAAGGCACCUCGAGUGCAAUGCAUGGCACACGUGCCAUAGGUUGCUGACACCUGGCAUAGACUAUUUCAUACAACAUUUAAAACAUUUAUAAAACAUUGUUACAAUUCCAAACACCACUGUACACAGUUUUGUUUUUAAGUACAUUGAAUGGUCAUAAUGUGCAAGUUCUCAAGCCAAUAUCAAGUCAUACCUCGCAAUAUGUAUAAAACUAGUGAUUAGUGUAGGGAUAAAAAGUUUCACUUGCUCACUAGCCAUUAGCAAGUAACAAUUCAGCUGUUGCGAGUAGAAAUUCUCCUUUGGUGAGUGUCCUGCGUAAACACUCCAGGCUUACAGUGGCAAGUAAUCUUUAGAUCUGUCAGGUAGUGUAGGACUUGAAAUUUUGCAUCCUGAUUAGUGAAUCCACAUUUCAAUUUAAUAUAAGAGGUUCAACUAAAGUGUGAUAAGUAUCUUAUAAGACUGAUAUAAAUUAUUACAUACUGCUCAUAUUUCAAAAUACACUUCUGACAUGUUGGAUAAUACAAUACAACUGCAUGAGGAAUUAUGAAACUGGGCAGGUAGCUUUGUAUAGAUAUUGUUAUUUUGAUAUUGUGAUAUUGUAUAUGUUUACCUUUAUUGUCUGUAGCACUAUAUGGUUAGUAUAUUCCCAAUAUGCUUAUUUUAUUGAACGUAAGUCUUAUAAUGUUUUUUCUACUGUCAAAUCAAGUUAUCUGAACAGAAUGGCAAACCUUGAUCAUUGAACGUUCAUCUUGACAGCUAACUUAUUUUUUUAUUUUUUUUAGCUCUUCGUGUUAUCCAUCCUUUCAUGGCUAAUGUGCCAAGUUGUGCUAUCUCCUGUGCCACAAAAUGGAAUAUUUCAAUACAUUAAUGAUCACCAGGAUGAAUAUGUUCAGGUACAAAUUGUUCUCAUUUUACACAAAUUCAUUGGAUUACUCAACAAUACUUUAGUGUGAGUGUUGUCUACAUAUAUAAUCCAGUGUAUAACAAAAGAAGAGAGUAAGCAGUAAUUAACAAAUGGGGAUCAACCCUAAAAAGGGAGAAUCCCUCAAAACCCUUUUAAAAUACAGAAAAAGUGAUAAAGGAAAAGUAAGGGCUGCGCCAAAGUCCUAUAGCAAUAAAUAAUCUAAUAUAAAAAAGUCCAAAUAUAAGUGAAAGAGUCUAAAUGGUAUGAUCUUACUCAGAUCAGAUAAAGUGCUUGAUCGAGAGUAAUAUCCUCACUGUCUUUAUCCGGGCAGAUCCACACAUAUGAAAGACAAGAAAUAAGAGAAACCAAAUAGUGUAAUAUGUACAGCCCAAUAUAUUCGUAAUGUGGAAGAGAUGAUAAUAAACACACAUUUGUUAGAGCUAUAGCUAGCUCUAUUUUGAAGGGCGUACAGCAGUACAAUCCCUGCUUAUGGGAUAUGCAGUAUGCUUCUUCCGUCAGGGGUAUGUUCAAUACUCAGGAGAAGGGUAAAAAGAGAUAACUAAUAGUGCUCACAGAAUAAAACAGCAGUAGUAAGAUGAAUAAAAUAGUACUCAUAAGCAAAGAGCAGACUAACUACUCUUUGAUGACAGCGUUGGUGGUAUGAUCCCCACCUAAGAUUUCUUAAAGGACACGAUGUUUAAAAUGUCAGGUAAAAAUAAAAUCAGUAGAAAUUGUAUUAAAAGAUGAUUGGCACAGGUAGAGUGACCCAAAAAUCUUUAAUAAGCUAAAAUACACAAUAUAAAAUUCUACAAUGCAUUUCGCCUUCAGGGCCUCUUCAAAAUGGAAUAAAACAUAAUACCUGACAGUAUGGGUUUAAAUAGGGAUAGAAAUGAUUAGCAUUAACACCCAAACCAAGGUCAGUCGAUCAAAAUGCAUAUGCACGCUAUAUGUGACGGCUGCUAAGCCGCUUGGAAAGUAUAAUCGGGAAUAAGGGAGUGGAAAUAACCGGGAAUGACAAAGGCACGCUAGAAGCGUGCUGCCAAUAUCUAACUAUUGGCCAUAUUAUAGAAACAUAGAAUGUGACGGCAGAUAAGAACCAUUCGGCCCAUCUAGUCUUCCCAAUAUUUCAAAAUACUUUUAAUUAGUCCCUGGCCUUAUCUUAAGCCUAGGAUAUGCCUAUCCCACGCAUGCUUGAACUGCCUCACUGUGUUAACCUCUACCACUUCAGCUGGAAGGCUAUUCCAUGCAUCCACCAUCCUCUCAGUAAAGUAAUACUUCCUGAAAUUAUUUUUAAACCUUUGCCCCUGUAAUUUAAGACUAUGUCCUCUUGUUGUGGUAGUUUUUCUUCUUUUAAAUAUAGUCUCCUCCUUUACUGUGUUGAUUCCCUUUAUGUAUUUAAAUGUUUCUCUCAUAUCCCCCCUCUCUUGUCUUUCCUCCAAGCUAUACAUGUUAAGUUCCUUUAACCUUUUCUUGUAAGUUUUAUCCUGCAAUCCAUGAACCAGUUUAGUAGCCCUUCUCUGAACUCUCUCUAAAGUAUCAAUAUCCUUCCUAAGAUAUGGUCUCCAGUACUGCAUACAAUACUCCAAGUGAGGUCUCACCAGUGUUCUGUGCAAUGGCAUGAGCACUUCUCUCUUUCUACUGCUAAUACCUCUCCCUAUUCAACCAAGCAUUCUGCUAGCAUUUCCAGCUGCUCUAUUACAUUGUCUUCCUACCUUUAAGUCAUCUGAAAUAAUUACUCCUAAAUCCCCUGCCUCAGAUGUUGAGGUUAGUAGGGUAUCAAAUAUUCUGUACUCUGCCCUUGGGUUUUUACAUGCAAGGUGAAUUAUCUUGCACUUAUCCAAAUUAAAUGUCAGUUGCCACAGCUGAUCCAUCCUGGUACAUCAAACCUGUUGCAAAUAUUAGUAUCAUCAGCAAAAAGACAUACCUUACCAUCAAGACCUUCUGCAAUAUCACUAAUAAAAAUAUUAAAGAGAAUGGGUCCAAGUACAGAUCCCUGAGGUACCCCACUGGUAACUAGACCUUGGUUCAAAUAUACUCCGUUGACUACAACAUACUCCAAGAAAUCCUAGGUGGUGAUCAAACCACCAAUGCUGUCUUUAAAGAGCAGUUAGCCUGCUCUUCGCUUGUGAGUACUAUUUUAUUUAUUUUACUACUGCUGUUUUAUUCUGUGAGCACUAUUAGUUGUCUCUUUUUACUCUUCUCCUGAGUGUUGAACAUACCCCUGACGGAAGAAGCAUACUGCAUAUCUCAUAAGCGGGAAUUGUACCAUUGUGCGUCUUUCAAACUAGAGCUAGCUAUAGCUCUAACAAAUGUGUGUUUAUUACCAUCUCUUCCACAUUACGAAUAUAUUGGGCUGUACAUAUUACACUAUUUGGUUCCUCUUAUUUCUUGUCUUUCAUAUGAGUGGGUCUGCCCGGAUAAAGACAGUGAGGAUAUUACUCUCAAUCAAGCACUUUAUCUGAUCUGAGUAAGAUCAUACCAUUUAGACUCUUUCACUUAUAUUUGGACUUUUUUAUAUUGGAUUAUUUAUUGCUAUAGGACUUUGGCGCAGCCCUUACUUUUCUUUUACAAUCCAGUGUAUGUAUCUAUCUAUUUAUGAUACUCUUGCGCAGCAACAUUAUGUAAAUUCAAGAUAUGUCCAAUUAACUGACUCAAUGCACUUAUUUAAAAAAAUUGCUCAGCUCAGAGAUGUAGAGAUGUCUGGCGUCUUCUAUAGACCAAGAAUAGAUAAUAUUGAUUCUUCAGCUGCUUUUGAAACAUAAUUACAAUCCAUAAAAAUGUAAACAAAGAGACAGUUAGUACAAGUGCAUUUGUGAACCAAUAUUCAAAAAUUAAAGGGACACUAUAAGCAGCCAAAAAAAUUUAGCUUAGCGGGAACGCUCCAGACCCCUAACACUUUUUAGCUUGGUGAAAAGCUGUAUGUUUAACCCCUUAAGGACCAAACUUCUGGAAUAAAGGGGAAUCAUGACAUGUCACACGUCAUGUGUCCUUAAGGGGUUAAUGAGUCAGUUAUAUAUUUUUUUAAUUUUUCUGUUACUUCCUGGUUUGGUUAGCUCAGUUGAGCUAGACUCAAUAGGCAGCAAUUGUUCAGGGCAUCUGCCUUGUAAAGACUUCUUAUUGCGCGGCAUUGAAAAGUGUGUGAUUGGACAGGCACAGAAGUUGGGGUGGGGUGGGGUGGGGUUAGAAGUGGAGGACAUGCAAAGACUCCCAAACUUUGAUUACACUCAACCCUAUACCCCCCUAACCACUAACCUAAAUCCUUCUAAUGCUAACCCAACCCUAAAAAGGCUACCCAACCCUAACCCUCCAUCCAUUCCAACUUUACCUAAACAUUAGCAGUUAGCAUUUACAGGUGGAUAUUUAUUGUCUCUAGUACCAUAUACUGUACAUAUGGCAUUACUAGAAAACAAUGCCGUACCGAACAGAUCUAUUUAAAAUGAAGGAUAUAACAGCCCGAUCACCUUACAAAUGGGCCUAUAGGUAGUAUUUAAGUCCCCAAUACAUGGCAAUUAACAUUAUCUAUUACAUUUAUUUCAUAUUUACAUUUUUAGAACUAUUGAUAUGCUGCCUUUUUUUAGUCGAAGAACUUCUAAACUCUUGUCUAUUUUCACACUGAUAUUGAGAUAUAACACUUGGACAAUGUGGGAUAACACUUUCUCAUGUAAGGCUCUUCACAGUGCUAUCUCCCUUGCAUGCAUCCUACAGGAAUAAUAUGCCUAUUUGUUCUUGCACAUUAAUUUCCUAUUUCAUUGCUCAAGAAUGCUAAUGAAUAUCUUGAACCAGGUCCGCAAUGACAGUAAAUGGCAGAAUUUGUAUUUUUCUCUCUUGAAAUCUUUUUUUUUAAAUGUGAUUAGGCAUGAGAAUAAUAAAGAGCAAUGCAGGAAUAGGUAGGUUCAUACAUAUCUAUCAUACAUCUGAUGCAGUAACAGGUAAGAGUUUUAAAAUAGGGAAAUAUUACCAGAAAACUAUUGCAGGGACAUGGUCAAUUGAAAAUAUUUUUGAUAAUUACAACAUUGUUGCAUCUUAUGUAGCGAUUGAAGGACUGGGUGGCCGUAGAAAGUGACUCUAGUGAUCCAGAAAAAAGAGACUUGGUUAACCAUAUGAUGCAGCUCACUAAGGACUUCAUUGUCAAGCUUGGUGGAAAGGUCGAGAUGGUUGAACUUGGAGAGCAAGAGGUUUGACAUAUUGUAUAUAAAUUUGUGUUUGUUUGUUUGUUUUUUAAGCCAACCUCCUCAAUGGAGUAAAACUGUGAACUAUUUGAAAUAGGCAAUGAAAUCAGAAAUAUAUAUCAUUUUAGUAACUUGUCUGGGGCAAGAGCCAUAUUACAACACGUUCUGAUUUUCUUUUAUGGUAUUUUAAUAUGGACCUCUUAGACUAUAGUUGUCCAAUUGGUAGCACAUGAGCCAGAUGCUUUUGAAUGAUAAAUAUCCUUCCUCAUAUAAGAAACUCCCCACACCCUACCCCCGCCCCCCCCCCCAAAAAACCCCGGUGUAAUAUGCCUUAUGGAAAGGGUUCUCACACUCUUUUGUAUUCAUAUUUAUGCAACAAUAAAUAGUUGGAUGUUCUUGGAUACUAUGUCAGUUUUAACACAUCAAAGGUCUGGUUUUAAAAGAUAAAUAUAUGAUUAUUCCAAAUUUAUAUUUCCAUAUAUUUAUUUUAGCAUCCGUCAGGGAAGAAAAUCAUUUUGCCUCCAGUUAUUCUUGCAGAGAUUGGGAAUGACCCAAACAAACCUACUGUCUGUUUUUAUGGACACGUAGAUGUUCAAUCUGCAAAGAAAGAAGAUGGGUGGUUAACAGAGCCAUACACUGUUGUAGAGAAAGAUGGUAAGUCUAUAAGCGUUGGCCAUACAGCUAUUGUUGUACUGCAAGAUCCAUAUUACAGAAAACUGUACAGAUGGACGCACACAGUCUAUAAGUAUCUUAGCAUCUUCAAACACCAGUCAUGUGAACGUUUUACACAUUUAUCUUUUGCUGGUAGUGCAUCUAUAUUUGUGUUUUCUUUUCUAUUUAAAUUGUACGUACCUAGCUCAACCUCUGGGAUAUUGCCAGCUUCCAACAGCAUCUGGCGAUUGAGCCUAAAGUAAAACUUGAGGAAUCACUGAAAUUGAAACAUAAUUAAAAGAUAAACAAAAACAGAGACCACUACUGACACAUGAAUGAGUUGUAGUGUGUGUACGAGUUUAGUGUGUGGGGGUGCUGUGUGUUGGGGAGGUAGCGGUUCAGUGUGUGGAAUGUACUGUGUGUGUAGGAGUUCAGUUUGUGGGGGUGCUGUGUGUGUGUGUGGGUGGUGCUGUGUGUGUAGGGGGACACCUUUAAUCGGGGAGAGGCGGGAUAACUACUUUUCAAUCCCUGGUGGUCGAGUGGUGGUGCAUGCAGUUCAGCCUGCAGCUCUUCCCGCGAGUAUGAGGCUGUAUCGAAGCAUUGCCAUGGCAACGUGUGACAAUGCUCCGACCUGCCUGCUCAUGGGAGGAUCGUUCUGCCUCCCAUUGUCCUGGCUCCCUUCUUCCCUCUGCAGUGGCAAACUGCCAGUGAGGGAGAGGGUGACCAGACAUCCCAGUUUUAACAGAAACUUUCUCGGGACGCGGGAAAUAUCGCCAGAAACCGGGACUAUUGGUAAAACCGGGACGUCUGGUCACCCUGUGAAUAAGACAUCUGCCAUUGGCACUGACUCAUGUGAGCAUUUCAAGUGUUUGGGAAAUCACAAAACCCCCACCGAAACAGAAUUGUGCGAUGGAAAAAAGAGCAUUUUGUCUGUUUACGUGACACAAACCUUAGAAGUGUUUGCAAGUUAUUGUUAUUGUACUCUCUGAAUCAGAGAAUGGCUGCAAUAUGAUGAAAUGAUAGCCUGAUGUGCAUAGAUUUAAAAAAAAAAUAGACAAUAAAGAAGAGCUACUAAUGACUGCAGCAGGUAAAGAAAGUAAGUACUUGCUCUAAACCAGGCCACCAAGGCUGAAUGUUUUCUUUUCCUGUGAACUAAGGGUAUUUAGUUUUUUGAUUUAUGUCCCUUGUAAAAAAAAAAAUGCAACAUCAUUGAAAAUGUAGAAUAGUGGUGCGGUUUCUAUAUUUUAUCUCUGGAAGUGUAGUGUUUCAAGCUACAUAUCCAGACUCCUAAAAUCAUGACCAUUUCAAAAAGGUGGCUGGAGUAACCCUAAUGAUGCUUUUAAGAGUAUUUCAGGAUCGGUUUUAGGAAAGUCAUCAUCUGCAUAGAGGCCAGAUUUUUUUUUUUUUUUUUUUUUAUUCUUUAUUUUUCCAUCUUGGCGGACAAAAUGAUACAACUUUAAUUUACAGGCUUUCGCAGAAGCCAUAGAGUACGUCAUGUACAUGUACUUCAUUUCAAAUAAGACAUCCUGUAACUAAGCCUUCUAUACAUUAUUGCUAUCAUCGUCUCUGUCCGUCAAGGAUUUUUGUAUUUUUUUUUUUAAUAAACAAAAGUAAACUCAAGAAAGCAAGUAGAUUUAACCUUCCAUUUCACACAUUGUUAGCAAUUGCUACAUUGAACUUAAUAUCUGCAUCUAUAAUGACCAAGUAUCAACGAUUGGGCUUACGCAGAAGCCAAAGUAUGGGUAACCUCUUAACAGUCACAUGAACUUCAACCUUUACAGUAUGUGUUCGUAUUUAAAGGAUCCAUGGGGGUUAUCCUCUUUAAAGGAUUUUUAAUAGUGUAAUUCCCCAGUAUAGUUUAUCGGUUUGUCUAGGAUACUUAGGUGUGGGAGAGAGACGUCCCUGGCCCAGCGGUAAUUUGAGGUCUACCGUUGGGCUAUAUGAUGUUUUAUAUAUCGUGUAAGUCCUGUGUCGUUAUCAAUAUAGCUAUAUUGUUAUUAUCUAGUCCGUAGUUUGAUGUUUGUAGGUCUUUUGAUAUACGUAUAGGGUUAUUGAUUCGAGGUUUAUCUGGGGUACCUAGGGUUCCCUUUACGUUCGUUACGUUGACCUUGUCUGAGGAGGUUGGUAUGCAAAAUAAGUAGCGGAUAUGAAAUGGAUUUUCCCCGUAUAGGCGCGGGGAAAGAAAAGAGAAGAAUUAAGAAAAAAGAAAGAAGGGGAGACUGAGAAAGUGGUAUAAGGUAAGGGAGGAUUGUGUGGUGGCUGCAGUGACCUAGAGGUGGCUAGGGAGGUACGUGAAGAAGGCGGCGGGGGGGGGGGCAGCAGGUUCAUCCCGAUCUCGCUAGGCCAGGUGUGUCGGUUGGAUCUCUGUGUAGGAGGGUUCUGCCACUGGUUUAGCUCUACUGCAAGGACCCCUUUACAUCUUUCGUUUGUUCCUAUCUGUCCUCUCUAGAACCUAUUACACUGUUAUCCCAUGGUUCCCAGAGUUUUAGAAAUGUUUCUGUCGACCCCUUUACUCUCGCUGUUAAGUCGUCCAUGAUCCUACAUUCGCGGAUCCUGGAUAUCACUGUCGGAAACUCGGGUGAGUCUGGUGAAAGCCAUCUCGUCGCUAUUGUUUUCCUUGCGCUCAGGGUUAUUUUAUGGACUAGUUUCUGUUCUCUCUUGGUCCAUCCGUCCACUGAUCUGUUUAGGAGGUAUACCCAUGGAUCUCUGGUCAGGGGUUUAUUAAAUGUUUGUUUCAGUAGGUUUUCUGUCUCUUUCCAGAAUCCAAGAAGUUUGGGGCAUUCCCACCACAUGUGAAGGUAUGUACCUCGGGCUCCACAUCCCCUCCAGCAAUCAUCGGUAUCCGUUUUAUGCAUUUUAUAAAGUUUUACUGGGGCUGUGUACCACCUAAACAUGGUCUUCCAUGUUUGUUCUUGUAGCGUAACGCAUAUGGAGGCGUUUUUAUUUGCUUCCCAAAUUUCUUGCCAUUCUAUGCCUUCUAGUUCUUCUCCUAGUUCUAUCUCCCAUUGGUCGGUGUAAGAUAGUCUCCCCCAUUCUUUGGUUUCUGUGCUAAGGUGGGCGUGCAUUAGGGUUAUCAUGCCCUUGGGGGUCCUUUCGUGAAGGCAUAGUUUCUCAUAGAACGUCAUAAUUCCCUGAGCUGCAGCCUUUAUGUGUGGUUUCCUAGCGAAGUCUCGAAUUUGUAUAUAUCUAAAGAAAUCUGCGGGAGUCAGAUGGUUAUCUUGUUGGAGGUCCGUAAAUUGGAUUAAGUUCCCAUUAUGAUAUAAUUGAUGGAUCCGUUGUAGACCCGUUCUCUCCAAGUUUCGGAAAUCUUUAGGGGCCAUACCGGGUUGGAACUCUCUAUUUCUUAGAAUUGGAGUCAAUGGAGAGGGGGAGGUCGCUAGUCCGUACUUGGUUCUGUUUUUGUCCCAGAUUUGGAGCGAAUUAAGUAUGGACGGGCAAGUCACUCGUAUCAGGGGUCGAUAGUCUUUCGGGAUCCACAUAGUGAACUGGGGGAUGUCCCAUCCCACCAUCAUGGAUUCUAUUUCGACCCAUCUCCGCUCUUCCGGAGGGGAAUGCCACAUAGCUAUCUGUGUUAGUUGGGCUGCAAGAUAAUAGAAGUAUAGAUUUGGGAGGCCCAGUCCCCCUCUUUCUUUUCGUCUGUAGAGUAUCUGUUUUGAUAUCCUGUGCCUCUUGUUCUGCCAUAUGAAGUCAGCUAUCGACCGUUGAAGUGGGUUCAGUUGUGCUUUGGUGACAUGAAUUGGGAGAGCUUGGAAUAAGAAUAGAAUCCUCGGGAGGACGUUCAUUUUAAUAGAGUUAAUUCGUCCUAUCCAGGAGAUAGGUUUAUCAGACCACCUUUCUAAGUCUCCUAUCAACUUCCUAAUUAGGGGGUCAUAGUUCUCGGAGUAGAGGUGUGUCGGGUCAGUAGUUAGGUGUAUACCCAGGUAUUUCAUAGACUCUCUUUCCAUCCUGAUACGGUAGGUCAGUUGUAUGUGAUUUAUGUCUGUCUCAGUCAUGCCAAUCGGCAUAGCACUAGAUUUUUGCAUGUUGGCCUUAUAGCCAGACCAUUCCCCGUAGUCCUUGAUAACAUCUUGGAGGGCCGACACAGACGUCGAUGGGUUCGUGAUGGUCAAAAGAACGUCGUCUGCGUAUGCUGAGACUGUAAACUUUUUGUCCCCUACUCGAACUCCUUCAAUGUCUGGAUGUUGUCUAAUCGCUUGCAUCAAAGGCUCUAGCGCUAGUACAAACAGGAGUGGGGAGAGUGGGCACCCCUGCCUAGUGCCAUUGUAGAGUCGAAAAGGCGUCAUCGGGGCACCAGUGAUCUGUAUCUGUGCUCUCACCUCAUGAUACAUUGCUUUUGUAGUAGUUAUAAAUUCUUUCGGGAACCCUAGGUGGUUUAGUACCGCAAAGAGGAAUUGCCAUCUCACCCUAUCAAAGGCCUUUUCUGCAUCUAUAGAAACCACUAGGGUAGGGAUUUUAGAUGUCACUUGUUUCCAGAUUAGGUCAAUAUUCCUUCUGGUAUUCUCAAACAGCUGUCUGCCCUGAAUAAAGCCUACUUGGUCGGCAUGGACGAGUGAGUUUAGUAGCGGAUUUAACCUGUCAGCUUGUAUUUUUGCUAUUAUUUUUAGAUCUUGAUUAAUCAAUGAUAUGGGUCUGUAGUUUCCUGGUUGGAGUGUGUCUUUGUCAGGUUUAGGGAUCAAUACUAUGGUAGCUAGGGUCAUGUCUGGAGGGAGGAGUCCCCCCUGUUUCAUGUAGUCAAAGAGUUUCAUUAGUUGGGGUGUAAGUUCUUCUUUGAAGGUUUUGUAGUAUGUACCUUCGAACCCAUCCGGGCCUGGAGCUUUGUUACCUUUCAAGGUAGAUAUGGCUCUAUGUACUUCUUCCUCUGUAAUUUCGGCUGACAAAUUGGCCACCGCGUCUCUCCCUAGUUUGGGCAGGUCGAGGUUAUUUAAGUAGCUGUUAAUAUGGUCUUCUUCACUUCCGUCAGGAGUGUGUGCGUCUGGUGUGUGGUUGUACAGUUUUUUGUAAAAGUCUUCAAAGACUUUGGCUAUCUCGUCUGGUCUUGAUUUCGUCGUUCCAUCCGGAUGUUUGAUGGCCGUGAUGUGGGAUCGUUCUUGUCUAGGUCGCAGUGUUCGGGCCAGAAGUGAGUCCGUCUUAUUGGAUUUCUCGUAAUAAGUCCGUUUCGUCCAGAUCAUGGAUUGAGCGGUAUCGUCCAGUAGGAGUGUGCGGAUGUCUCUCCGAACCGCUACCAGUUUCUUAUAGAUCUCAUUGUCGGGUGUUGCUUGAUGUUUCUGUUCAAGAUUUCUUAAUUGAUCCAACAGGGUCUCCAGUUGUUUAUGUUUCAUCUUCUUCUUCCUAGUGGCUAGUUUUAUAAGGGUCCCUCUUAUAACAGCUUUAUGGGCCGCCCAUAUUGACCCUGCGCUAACAUCUGGGGUAUUAUUUGUGGUGAAGUAUUCCACUAUUUCAGUCCGUAUCUGUUCUUUGAGUUCCGGGUCUCUCAGUAGGGAUGUGUUUAGUCUCCACGUCCACGGCGAGGCCAAACAUAAGUUUCCCAGUGUAAUGGACACGUCCGCAUGGUCAGACCAUGAUAUAUUGCCAAUCGCCGAACCUGUAAUCCUGGGCAUGCCUGUCGCGUUAGUUAGGAAUAAGUCUAUCCUGGAGUAUGUGCCAUGAGGUGUUGAGUAGAAGGAGUAGUCCCUGUCUCCUGGGUGGUGCGCUCGCCAUACAUCUGUUAAGCCCACGUCUAGUAUAAAUUUUUUGAGCAGUCGGUCUUGUCCCCCCCUGCCAUGGGAUCUCGGUGUUCCGUCUUUAGUGCUCCUGUCCGCUGCCGGACAUGGGGUGGCGUUGAAGUCUCCUCCCAUAUAGACCAUGCCAUGUGGAAGUAAGGAGAUUUUCUCUCGGAGGGUGGUCCAGAACGAGGGGUCUGGUUGGUUAGGGGCAUACACGUUGACCAGGUGUAUGGUAUGUGAGUACAAGAUGCCCGAUACUAUAAUGUAUCGGCCGUCUGGGUCUGUUUCAUGGGUCGUCUUGCGAAAAGGGCAGCUGUUUCUGAUCAGAAUAGCUACUCCGUUGCGUUUGCAUUGUGAUCUUGCUUCAAAUGAUCCUCGAAAGAUGUGGUCUUUUAGGUUUACAUUGGCUUGUUUCGAUAGGUGGGUUUCCUGGAUGUAGGCAAUAUCCGUCUUCAGUCUCUUUAGUUCCUUAAACAUAAGGCGGCGUUUCUUAGGAGCAUUAAUUCCUUUAACAUUCAAUGACGUGAUUUUAAUAAUCGCGACGUGUUUGGUUAGGUCUUUUAUAGCCGUUCGGGGACCCGGGUUCUUCCACGUCUGGCUCAGUGUCAUGUCUUGCGCCUCCCCGGGCACCCCUCCGCCUCCACCGCUCCUCCAGGUCGCACCACACAUAAAUAGGAAAGAAAAGAGAGGAUAGUAAAGAAGAAGAAGAAGAAAGACAUCCGAAUCGAGUCAGAUGUAUAGAUGUAGAAACUCUGGUCUUACUCUUUGCCAGGGUUUUUCUGGGAGCAUGUUCCUUCAUCCCGUCCACGGUCAACGUAAGAAGGGAUUAGGGAUAUGUGGGUUCCGUCACGCUUGUGCCUACACAAUUUAAGUUGACCUCUUAUUUCUCUUAUCUGAGGUAGUAUAUGACUAGGGGUUUGUCCUAUCGGGACCCCUCUAUCAGUCUUUCCUGGUUAUUGAUGUGUGGGUGUUUGGGGGGCGCGAUCAGCAGGGUUCUUUCCGUCCCUGAUCCCCCUCCCCCCGCCCCGUAUCCCCUCCCUCUCAAGGCGGGACUCUCCAGUUCCUACGCUUUCUCUCAGGCGUUCAGUCCAUGAGGUCGCGUUGUAAUUGUCCAGUGUUUCUUCCCAAGGUGUUUAUCCGACCACCCCCCUUUUUUCUUCCAAGUGGUUAGGUGUGAGGAUAUAUAUAUACAGGAAGUGCUACCCUGACCGUUACAAUCCUAUGCGUCUAUUGUGUGAUGUUGGUGUUCGUGGGAUCACGGGUUGGUAGUGUCAGUAUGGUCAUGCAUGUGAGGGUAUAACCGAUUUGUCCUGGUUCCUAUCGGGGGUACUUCCCAUGUAGGGAGGGUCGCCUGGUAGGUGGUUAGGAGGACAGGCUCAGAGGGGAUCGAAGACAGAUUCAGCGUCUUAGUGGUCCUAGAAAAUAAUUAAUUAUAUAUUUAUUGUUUUUUUUAUUUUUAUUUUUAUUUUUUUAUUUAUUUUUUUUUUUUCCUUUUUUCUUCCCCUCCUCUUUUCCUUUUUCUUUUGGGUGUAUGUGUGAAAUUUUGUAAGAGUAUGGUCCCCCCUCUUUCUCUGCUAUAUAUAUGUAGUAUCAGGGGUGAUAGAUGUUGGGAGCCUGCCACUGUAUAGAGGGAGCAUGGUGUCGCGGGAGAAGGAUCUCCGAGGAAAACCACGGGACGGGGAGGGGGGGGGAGAUCGAUGAGAUCAUUACAGCGGUAGGGUUUUAGAUAGGACUAAAGAAUGGUACCCGACAUGGGUAAGAGUCUGGGGUGGUUAUAACUUGGGUAAAGUAUAGGUAACCGAAACGAUUUUCACUUCUAUCUAUCUAAUGUACCCCAGCAUAACAUUACAUCUGUAUAAAACAUCAAGAACUCUCCUUUCCCCCCUCCCUCCCCCUUUUUUUUUUUCUUCCUUCUCCCUUUUUUUCCCCUUUCCCCCCCGUACAGCAGGAAGAGGAUCGUGAAUAUUAACAUCGUUCAGGAUAUCAAGGGAUAUGCAAUAUUACUGUGGUUCAGAGAAAUAAUAACGAGAUGAUGUAGAGUGAUGCAGGCCUACACGCCAAAAAAAUUAGGCGGAUCCGGUUCCCAUCAGGCCUGGGUGUCAAUGAAGCCUCCACCUUGGUAAAAAGUCCCGGGGGCCCCCACAGCCUGUGGGAUCAGCUGUCAGGUUGAGUCCUGCAAAGGGCUGCUUGAAGCCUAUUGCGGUACCCCCCACAGCCCUCCCAAAGCAAGUCGUGAGGGGGUCAGACCCAUUCCCGUAUUAGCCUCCUCGACAAUUUAAAGUAGGACACUGGCAUGUAUCAUAAAGUAACAUAAUAUUGAACCUACAGUUAAAACAAGAAUGGAGGAUUGGCUGAAAGGGGGACUAGCCAGGGCAGGUUUCGAUGUGACUCCCUUUAGAGUUCCAGUCAGAGUACGAUAAAAGGGGGUUAGUGUCGGCUCUCAUCACAGCGGGGGGAGAACUAAUUUAAACUGAACAGUCUCCGUGGAAUAUGAGGUGGGGUAGAAGGUGGUGGAUGGUGUUGUGUGAUGUGUGAUUAUACGAUACCCACAGUGCUUCAGCGAUGGCCUCUAGCUCCGACUUCUUGCCACUCUGUCUGUAGUUGUUGGAGCUCGGUAGGGUGCAGAGAGAUAUCUGGAAGUCGGGGGGGUGGUUGUAGGCCGAGGUUCCUAAAGAAGCGUUGGGGAUCCCCUCCCGGCAUCAGGAUGUGUGAGCGGUCUCCCCGGAACACCAUAAGCUUGAAGGGGAAUCCCCAGGCAUAUUUCAGACCUGCGUCUCGUAGGGCUGCUGUGAUAGGCCUCCACUCUCGUCGUCGUUGAAGUGUCGACGGUGCCAGAUCCUGGUAUAAGGAUAAUGUGGCCCCUGCGUACCGUAACGGUGCAUCCCGGCUUUUCCCCAUCAGCGCUUCCCUCGUGCUGUAGUAUAGGAAGCGGACGAUUACGUCCCGCGGGGUGUUGGUGUCGAUCUUCUGUGGUCUCAGGGCUCUAUGUGCUCUUUCCAUGUGCCACUGUUCCUCCGAUAAGGCGGGUAGGAGAGGCUUCAGGGCAGAGAGUAGUAUCCCCUUUAAAUCCUCGUCUUUCUCCUCAGGGAGGCCCCGAAUGCGGAGGUUAUUUCUCCGUGACCGGUUGGCCAUAUCUUCUAAUGUUAGGUCGGUUUCCACCAGAUGUGAGGUCAUACGGUUUACUCGAUCUAUAAGCGCAUUGUGGGCUAGCGUUGUGGUCUCCAUGCGCUCUUCCAAGAUGGCCGUGCGUUUUCCCAGGGCCCCUAUCUCUGCUUGGAGAAUUGCCGUUGAGUUGGCUAUUUCUCCUGCCAAGAAGGCCCUGACUUCAGCGAGUUUGGCCAAAACGGUAUCUUGGUCAUGGAGUGGGGCAUCCCUGGUCGCCUUCGGUGAUAUUUGUGGGGAGCUCCCGUCGCCAUCUUGACUUCCUGCACGGCCUUGUUUGUGUAUGGGGAAGUGGUCUAGGACGGAGCUGGAGGUCCCAAUGUCGGCCGUUUUUUCCCCCUGCUUCUUAGGGGGUCUCUUCUCCAUGUCGGAGGUUCCCGUGAGGGGUAGUUAGACGAUUUUUGAGGUCGCUUUUGAAUGCUUUAGGCACAGUUGCUGCGGAGCUCUACCGAAACACGUCCAGUCUCAUUGACGGCUCGGUCACGCCCCCCAUAGAGGCCAGAUUUAUAUUCCAGUUUUUCAGUUCCAUGAAAUUUUUGGAGAAUAGCUAAUGGCAUUUUUCAGAGAGUGAAUAUAACUGGGGAUACAGUGGUGCUCAAAAGUUUGCAUACCCUUGGAGAAUUGGUAAUAAUUGUACAAUUUAUAAAGAAAGCAUGAGUGAGCAGGUAAAACACAUUUCUUUUAUUUCUUAUGGGCUUCAUAUUCAACUGUAAGUUUUAACAGAAUGGCACAAUCAUAAAACAAAACAUGGCAACAAAUAAAAAAAAAAAAACGACACAUUUUCCAAAGUCUGCAUGCCCUUAGUUCUAAGUACUGUGUAUUUCCCCCUUUAGCAUUAACAACAGCGUACAGUCUUUUGCAUCAGUUGUCCAUGAGGCCCCUAAUUCUUGCAGAUGGCAUAGCUGCCCACUAGUCUUGGCAAAAUACCUUCAGGUCAUGCAAUGUCUUUGGUUGUCUUACAUGAACCGCACAUUUGAGAUCUCGCCAGAGUGGCUCAAUGAUAUAGAGGUCAUGAGACUGUGAUGGCCACUCCAGAACCUUCACCUUUUUCUGCUGUAACCACUGGGGGGUCAACUUGGCCUUGUGCUCAGGGUCAUUGUCAUGCUGGAAUGUCCAAAAGCGUCCCAUCGCAGCCUUCCUGCAGAAAAAAUGCAAAUUGUCUGCCAGCAUUUUCUGACAACAUGCUUCAUCUUGCCAUCAAUUUUCAUUAGAUUCCUCGUGCCUUUAGAUUUCACACCCCCCAAAAACAUUAGUGAGCCACCUCCAUGCUUCACAGUGAGGAUGGUAUUCUUUUCACUAUAGGCCUUGUUGACCCUUCUCCAAAUAUAGCGCUUAUGGUUGUGACUAUAAAGCUCUAUUUUGGUCACGUCACUCCAAAUUACAGUGUGCCAGAAGCUGUGAGGAGUAUUAAGGUGUUGUAGGGCAUAUUGUAACUGGGCUUUUUUGUGGCAUUGGGGCUAUUGUUGAAAUAUUGUCACAUUGUGCUCCUUGAAACAACCACACCGUGUCUUUCAAGAGCAGCCUGUAUUUCUCCGGAGGUUACCUGUGGGUCUUUCUUUUCAUCCCAAACAAUUCUUCUUUCAGUUGUGACAAAAAUCUGCCUGACCUUGGCUCAAGAGAUCCACACAUUUUCCACUUCUUAAUAAGUGAUUGAACAGUACUGACUGGCAUUUUCAAGGCCUUGGAUAUCUUUUUAAAUCCUUUACUGUCUUUAUAAAGUUCCAUUACCUUGUUAUGCAGGUCUUUUUUUUAAUUCUUUAUUUUAUUUGUGCAUAUAACAAUCACAUCAGGCUUACAAUGCCACAACAGCUAGGGUAAGCAUUUUUGUUAACAUGGUAUUACAUGAGUGAGGCAUUAGCGGUUACUGCACAUUUUUUAUAUAUUAAUGUUGCUUGUCAAGGAAUUUUUCUAUUCUGCUUAAAAGGAAAGGUAAGGUACGAGAUUAGACAGAGCAUAAUAGCAUACAUUUAGCACUAGAGAUUGAAGCAUUGCUAUUGCAGAGUAUGCACAGGUAGUAGGUAAAUACUGUGAGGUUUACUGUAAGAGUAGUACAAGCGAGGUAUGCCACCCUGAGUGAAAUUUAGUAGCAUGUGCUAGUGUGAAGAUAUUUGGGACAACUGGCCCAGACAGCAGAUAAAGUACACGUUCAGCAGAAAUGUCAAUCUUAGCAUACAAUUAGGUGAAGAAGGGAUGAUUUCUCCUGGCUGUGUGUGAUGUGAGUGUGAGUUAGAUGACCCUCUAUGCACUCAGCCUAUGCCCGACAUGGGCAGGGUACAAUACCAGGUAAUGGGGUGGAUUAGGAGGCAUAUUGACCCAGACAAAAUCGAUACAGAGUCCAUGUUAUAUGGUUUCUUCUUCGAUAUCCCCUGCUCUCCUCUCCCUGGUUUAUCCUGCUUGAUUUUCCAGCUGCCGGCUCUAUAGGCACCCCUUGCCGAUGCAGGCCUGCGCUUCCCGCCUUCCAUGCUCCGCCGACCUGGUCUUCUCCGCCAUUUUCGCACUGUCUUUGUGCCACGCCAAGUUUGAGGCUGCCGGAGACCGGGUUUUGGUGGGUGAUUCUGCGAGGUUUGUAGGUCGGGUACCGGUUGUCGGAGGGACAGCAUCCCCCAAAAGUCAGAAAGAAGUUUGUCCAGGAAGGACAGCGUUCUGGACAUCAAACCUCCAUAGCCAGGCGUGGGGUCUUCGGAAUCCGCCAUAUUAGGUCUACCAUGUGUGGCAUCAUUGCCGUCUGAGUCAGGUUCGCACAGCCCCAGUAAAGUGAGUGAGCCUCCAGGGUGGGGACCGGGAUCUCCCCCGCCGGUCCAUAGGGGGGGGUAGCAGGGCACCAUCAAGAUUUGGAUGUAGGUCCGCCUGAGCUUGGCUGGGAGAGCGGCCGCCUCUCCCUUCCACUAUGCUUGCUAGGCCUCAGUCCAGCCCGUUGAGGGCUUAGUCUGGACGGCUGCUGUUAACCGUUCAAAGCCAGUCACCUUUCACCUGACGUUCAAGCUUCGCAGGCUGUCUUAGAGAGAGCACCGGGACUACGGGUAAGCGGCUUAGUUUCACUGAUUUGCCUGGAGCACUCUGAAAAUGCAUCCAGCCGCCAUUACAGUCAGGCCCCGCCCCCAUGCAGGUCUUUUGACAGUUCUUUUCUGCUCCCUAUGGCUCAGUAGCUAGCCUUCUCAGUGCAUCCAUGUGAGAGCUAACAAACUCAUUGACAAUUUAUACACAGACAAUAAUUGCAAUUUAAAAGGCCACAGGUGUGGGAAAUUAAUCUUUAUUGUCAGUUUAACCUGUGAGUAUCACCUUGUGUGUUUGUAACAAGGCCAAACAUUCAAUGGUAUGUAAACUUUCGAUCAGGGCCAUUUGGGUGAUUUCUGUUAUCAUUAUGAUUUUAAAAAGGAGCCAAACAAUUAUGUGAUAAAAAAUGGCUUCAUAUGAUCACUAUCCUUCAAUAAAAUAUUUUUUUUUUGCAUUAUCAGUCAUAUUUUUUCAAAAUCAAUGCAAAAUUUCACAAUUUCUGCCAGGGUAUGCAAACUUUUGAGCACUACUGUAAUUGAAAUUUCUGCACUGCAUAUUUUGUUAGAACAACAUCCAUGUAUCAUUAUAAUUUAAAGGCAGUCUCUGGGCAUCUAUAACCAUUUCUCCUCACUGAAGUUGUUAUUGUGCCUGGAAUUCUCUAUCGCAGCCCUACUUUCAGUGUUAAACCACUUUCAAAUGGUUUAACGCUAAAUAAGGAUUUCUGGCCAUCCAUAGCCCAGCCACAACUAGCGGUAUCGCUAAGGCAAAGAUUACACUCUUCUUUAGAUAUACCAAUUCCUAUUCAGUUAAGUCAGUUGACACUCUCAUCCAGUCAUUAUUGCCCAUUGCUUCAUUUAGCAUUAAACCAUUAGGAAAAACAAUGAAUGGAGGAAUGAGGCCAUAGGACUCCAGGCACUAUAAGUAUGUCAAUUACAUAAAGUAGUUAAACUGCCUAGAAAGUCCCUUUAAAGGGUUACUCCACGCAACAUGACUACUUAAGUGAUUUGAAGUGGUCAUGGUACCUGGAGUCUGUAUAUGAAUCGCUUGUUUUCAAACUCUAUAAAAUAACUCUACUUGGUCCUUGCUGUUGCCACACAGCUCCCCAUUCUUCGCCGACACUGCACCUACACAAGCCACCCCUUUUCAUUUGACCGACAAUGAAUCUUGAGCUGCCAUGCCCAAGCAUUCGGCUGAUGCGGAAUGCUCAUGUAUUAGAGGGUUGGCACGUUGAUGUAGGAGGAAUCUAUGACGCGGAACGCUUGAUUCUACCAUAUUUAAAGUCAAAACGUUAGUUUCUACACACGUUUAUCCAAUUAUUAUUAAUCAUUCCAAUGGUUCCCCAAUUAAUCAUUACAGACUUGAGCCAAUUUGAAUGCUUCUAUAACCUCACUUUCUUGCCCUGUCGUGAUCUAAGUAGCCUGAGAGUGCGUUAUAGUAUUCAGUGUAUUUUCUGAUUUUGACUUGGCUCUGUUGUUUGACAAUUUUAUUUCUCGAGAAUCCCUGACCUUGGCUUUGUGUAGUCGAUUAUCCUACUCUAUGGUCCGGUAAUAUGUGCUGUAUCUAUUUAAGUAGUAGUUGCCUCUUGCUUGCAUGUUGGGGUAGUACCAUAAAAAAGUGAAAUUUAGGCUUCUUCUAAAAACUGGAUAAUGUUUAACUGAUCUCGUUUGUGUUUUCUAUUGUUAUGAAGGUAAUCUGUAUGGCAGAGGUACCUCCGAUGAUAAAGGACAAAUUCUGGCAUUAUUGCAUGCUGUGGAAGCAGUUAACACAAUUGUACGUAAAAAACACUUAGUAACCUGAAACAAAAACUAUGUACUCUGGUAAAUGUAAUUACAUUUUAACCCAAAGAAGUUAAGGACAUUUCCAACAUUCUAUAUUAAGCAAUGAGGUUGUACAUUCCACAUAAUAUGUUUUUUUGGUGCAUAAACCAGUAUGUGAUCAAUUCAGAAAUAAGUAACUGCCCUUUAGUCUUGUGCAAAAGAGUCAGAUAUUAUUUACUUUGCCCCUUCAUUCUAUCUAUUUUCUCACUAAUGCAAUAUGGGCCCCUACUUAAAAGUAGUUAUCAACAAGUACUUAUUUUGACCCAGCAGAAAGAUGUCCCUGCCUCAUAAUUAGUUGUAUUAUUGUACUCUGUUGUCACUGACAGGGCAUUCCAGUAAAUGUGAAGUUCAUCAUUGAAGGAAUGGAAGAAGUAGGAUCCGAUGGACUCGACAAACUUGUUGAGGAUAAAAAGGAUACUUUUCUUUCCAAUGUAGACUACAUUGUAGUCACAGAUACUCCUUGGCUUAGCAAGAAACCUGGAAUCACUUAUGGAGCAAGAGGAAACUGUUACUUUAUUUUAGAGGUAUGUUUAACAUCAUGUGACUUGUAUGGAAAACCCUGAAUGACAAACAUUAGGAAUUAUUCAUUGUCAAGUGGUGCAAUUGCACGGCUCAAAAGGUAUGUACAUGGAUGGAGGGCAUGCCAGUGAUCUAAAAUUAUUCAUACACUAAAUUUGCGAUAUGAUGGCUAAAACUGAUCUCUUUUCCUUAUAGGUGCAAGGCGCACGGAGAGAUCUUCAUUCUGGUGGCUUUGGAGGAACAGUUUAUGAAGCCAUGAGUGACUUGAUAUAUUUGCUUGGUAAUUUAUUUUAUUACAUUCAAAUGAUUCGAUCACAAAUACUGUAUGUCAAAAUCUGAUUGUAAUUACAAAAGCAGUGCACUAGGUAAAUCUAAAAGAAAUUAAAAUUACUCUGCAAAACUGUGGAAAAUAAAAUAUGCAAAACACUUGAAGCCCAUACAGUGAGCAUUUUCAGGGCAAUCACAUGAAAAAAGUCAAGGAUAGUGCCAGCUAGUCGCUCUCUGUCCAUAAGCGCAGUCAUGUGUCAGACCUGCUUAGGUCUGUGAGAUAUCAAGCUUCUCCUACAAGACAAGACGGAAUGCAGGGCAAGCAGCUGAGACACCCAGGUAAGUUGCCAUAUUCUUCUAUUAUGGUUUGGCAAAAUUACUUUAGGAGAGUGCCAGAGCUGCAGUGGUAAUGGUGCUUUCUUUUAACAAGCAUUUUAUUACGGUUACUCAUGCCAAAGUAAAAACUGUUUAAACAGAACAAUUUUUGAAAAAGUAUAAAUUCCAAAGAGGCAGUUUUUUUGGGGGGGGGUUGUCAUUUAAAGUACCUUUUUUUACUAUCUCGAUUCAGUGAUCAUACAAUCUGAAACACAUUAAGCCACUGUUUCAGAAUAAAAUAAAAUUCCUUAAUUGUCCUAUAAUACAAGGGGAUAGUGAAUACAUUUUUGAUAUGGUAACUCAGAAGAGAUGUGCUAGUAAUUACUAAGGUCAUUGCUAUAUACAGUUGUAUUAGUUUGCAAUGUCACACGCUGCAUCCUGAUUAUACUGAACAAUUGCAGAUGCAGAAGAAACAGUAUGUUUUUAAUGUAUCUGCAAUUGGAAUUAAAAGAAACAAAUUCUAUCUGAGGAGAUAUUUCAUCUCAUUCAUGCCAAUAGGGAGCAGAUGAGCCUUAUACAUUGGUUGGUAAUGAAAGCGUACACGAGUAAUAAUACAAAUAACCAUGAGACACACUGUUCGUUCAUUUAUCCCUCUAUCCUUUGGAGACUAAUGUAAAUUACUUUCUCAAUUCACCUUAUAAUGUAGGUACUCUCUACCUAGGUUCAAGGAAGAAGUAAAGCCAAGUGUUAUACGUGACCUCUAUUUAUGAGAACAUCACAAUAUACAUCACUGCCCAAUUUUGCAAAGUACCAUUCAGCAUUUUGUUUUAAUAUUAGUGUUGGCAGAACAUUUAGAGAGGCAUUUAUUAACCAGCUUAAUAAGAAAAACACAACUAAAAUAAUUAUUUAUGUAUGGAGGGGAGAGGGGGGGGUUACAAUUAUAAUUGUUCUGUUAUAGUUUUUAUUAUUUGAACAUAAACUACUAAAAUUAAAAAUAGCAAAUCCAAAAGCGCCACAGUGGAAAUUUGUUAAUAAGAAUAAGUAUUGCACUCAAGAUAAAGCAAGUUAAACGAACACAGUGUGGAUUUUUGGUGAUAUGUUUUAAUUACUCUAAAUCCGUCUUUAAUCAACAUAUUACUGUUGGGGAAAAUAAAAGCAGUAGAAAUAAUUUGUUGACAUCUCUUCUUUGAUUUCUUUGCUUUACUUUGCCCUUUCCCCUGUUGCUUUCAUGAAUAACAAACUGCCUCUGUUGGGAAAUCUGAUGUACUUUACUUGCAUUGGGAAUACACAGUGUAAAGGACUAAAUCCAGAUUGGUACCUGUCCCUACUGAUGGCAUUGCCACCUGUUAGGCUAUUGUUCCAAUAGUAAACACUAAGGAAGAGUGAGCUUGUGUUUUGUUCCUGUAUUCAUUAAAUAAAAACAUCAAUUACUGUUCUUUUACAAAAAUUCUAGCAACAGAAUUUUAAAAUGAUCCAGUAUACAUGAUGAGAAGAAGCAAGUAGUAUUGAUUCUAUUUGGGGAAUCCACCCUACAAUGUUCCAAAUUACUAUAUUAUAGUCAUUACAUACAUACAUCCAACAAGAUAGACAUGGUAACAUUUGACAUCCGAUGUCUUUGUCAAGCAUCAUUUCAAUAUUAGUAGAAUUAUCCCUAUUUGGGACCCAAAGCCCGAUUUACUUAUUUUAUAAAUAAAAAUGACUGCUUUACUAAUUGCUCUCAAAGCUGGGUUACCCAGGAAGCGACAUAGGCAGACACCUAAGCCAGGGCUCAGACAGGGUACAGUGGGUCAAUGUCUACACCUUGAAUAUUGGCCUUCCCUGAACCAGCAGUAAGAUCAAAAGAAUUCCCUGCUCACCCUAACACCCUUUCACUGCAUCAAAGUAGUGUUGUGAACUGUACUUCUAUUGGUUCCCUCACAAUCCCAGCACUUGUUAAUGACUGAGCUUCUGAAUUGCAAGGGGCUGUUUAAAAGUUAACUGCAGAAGGGGGAAAAGGACAAUUGGUAGGGAGAACCCACUCCACACACACAACUUCCUCCCCAGCACACUACACUCAGCUUGCAUACACAGCACAUCCUUCCCCAUACACAACACUCAGUCUCACCUCCACACACAAAACUCAGCCACCACAAUCACACAACCAAUAAUAGCCAAGGUCAGGAAUAUAGAAAUACAGAUAAACAAAAUAAUAAUCCGGGUCAGGAUACCAGAAAUACACAAAGGCAAAUACAAGCCAAGGUCAAUAUCACAAUAUCAAGAGAGACUACUAUAAGCACAAAUCAAGACAGAAAUCUGGGCAAUGAAUAAGGCUAACAAUGUUUCUGAUUGGUCCAUGUCAUCUUUACCACUCCAAACUGAUUGAUAAUGGGGUUGCCUGGAUGAUGUGGUCACUUUAAGGGCAGGCAUGACGUCACAUCAUUUUAAUUCAUAAAAGAUGAGCCAUUCAAACAGGCAGCACCUAAUAUUAUGCAAGGAAGAAAAACGGCUAAGAGAAUUUCGGCCCGUGCGAAAAAGCAAACGGACCUGUUUACUGGGCCGAUUGGUAAGUAUUCCGCUGUUCAGUCCAUGAGGAGAGGAGCAGCACAGCCAUUCGGUUUUGCGGCCUGACGAGUGGAGCAGCGCGGGCGUCAGGAUCAGGUAAGUACAUUACACCAACAUUUAACACCAACACCACACACACACACACACACACACACACACUCUAAUCAGCUGUCCCAUUCACAAACAUAACAGAGCCCAGGGGUCUAGUAGGGGGUCCAAAUCCAUAAUCCUGCCUAGGGCACUGGGCUAUCUUAAUCUGGCUUUGAUUUCUAUAGGCACUUUUAUUUUAUCUAGGAAUGUAGCUAAUGCAAAUAUAUAGAUUUUAUAAUCAGUAACACCUCUCGCUCUUUUUUUUUUUUAUUAAAAUGUUAUUAGCAUUGAAUGAGAAUAUAAUGAAACACAAUGUAUAAAUGAUAUUAGUGAACAUAAAAAUUCACUACUCAAUUCAUAUUACUUGAUGAAGUGUUUAAUGUGUUUAGACUAAUGGAUGUAUGUAUGUCUUACCACCGUUUUCUUAUUCUUCCUUAGACACCCUUGUAGAUGUCAAGGGUCACAUCUUGAUUCCAGGGAUUUAUGAUGCAGUAGCACCUUUAAAUGAAAAAGAAAUUAAGCUGUACAAAGAACUUGAAUUUAAUUUAAAAGACCUAGAAGCUGACACAGGCAUCAGCAAAUUUCUCCAUGACACAAAAGUGAGAUAUAUUCUUUUUGACUAUUUUUUUUAUUGUAUAUGUGCAACAAUACAGAAAAUAUGAAGUGAGAGGCACUGAUUGUUUAAUGUGCUAAAUGUUUAAAGUAAUGGAGCAUAUAUGUACAUACAUUUUGGCUUGGAUUUUGCAGAGCUCUACUGCUAGGAAGUCAUUAGGAGCUGACCACUUUAUAUGACAUAUCGUCUAGCAAAAUGAUAGACUAACGUAGUCCUAACUGGCCAAGAUCAGUUCAGGAAAAUGUGUUAUUAUGGGCUAAAAGGUUAUAAUCAGCUCACUAUAAUGAGAACGUCAAAUUAGAAUGGGACAAAACACCAGGGGACUAUACCUGGAGAGUAUAAAGCAACUUUAUAUUCAUCAUAAAUAUAGGGAACUGCCUGUAAUUUGUGGCAAUAUUUCCUUUAAACAAGUUUUUAUGUUUUUCACAGCAUGUGCAAUUUCCGUUCUUCAUCAGAUUUUUAUUUUAUAUGCAAACAUUCAAUAGCUUAAACAGUUCCAUUGCAGGUUUAAAUGUUUUACUAAUAUAUCUCAAUGCUAGUAGAAUCCUAAUUCCCACAUUGCCAUUAAAAGAAAUCCCUGAAGCACAGUGUUGUCUUGACAGCAAAUAAGAUGCAGAUUAGCUGUUCUGCUCUGCUUCACCAGCUCUCUCAGCAAUAAAUUUCUGUGUCUUGUUGUUAUGGAGCACAGUAUGGGUACAACUAAUUCUCCCCAAACUCCGCAACCAAAGUACAUGGAAGUUUCCCUGCUGCAUGCUACAUGGAACCUUCAGCUGCAAAAGAGAGCUUUCUGAUGAGGAGUUGCACUCUUUUGCACUUUAGGUCAUGGUCAGUUACUGUGUCCUGGUGUCAAUUCCUGACCUCACCAGCUAUUAAACAAACAAGAUUUCCACUAUUAAAUGUGUGAUGUAAUCUGAAACAAGAAAACAAUAAAACUGACCUGAGGAGGAUAUUAGGAACUUUACAGUAAAAGUGGACUACUUGGUCCAUCGUAUUCUUUUUCCUCAGCCCCUUUGUAUGUCUCAUUCUCCACUUCCCCAGCUCCUCCUUGUCUCUUUUUCUCUUGCCCAAGCCCAUCUGCGUGUCUAUUUCCCUCCCACAUCUCCUUUGUACAGUUGCAAGAAAAAGUAUGUGAACCCUUUGGAAUGAUAUGGAUUUCUGCACAAAUUGGUCAUAAAAUGUGAUCUGAUCAUCAUCUAAGUCACAACAAUAGACAAUCACAGUCUGCUUAAACUAAUAACACACAAAGAAUGAAAUGUUGCCAUGUUUUUAUUGAACACACCAUGUAAACAUUCACAGUGCAGGUGGAAAAAGUAUGUGAACCCUUGGAUUUAAUAACUGGUUGAACCUCCUUUGGCAGCAAUAACUUCAACCAAACGUUUCCUGUAGUUGCAGAUCAGACGUGCACAACGGUCAGGAGUAAUUCUUGACCAUUCCUCUUUACAGAACUGUUUCAGUUCAGCAAUAUUCUUGGGAUGUCUGGUGUGAAUCGCUUUCUUGAGGUCAUGCCACAGCAUCUCAAUCGGGUUGAGGUCAGGACUCUGACUGGGCCACUUCAGAAGGCGUAUUUUCUUCUGUUUAAGCCAUUCUGUUGUUGAUUUACUUCUAUGCUUUGGGUCAUUGUCCUGUUGCAACACCCAUCUUCUGUUGAGCUUCAGCUGGUAGACAGAUAAUCUUAAAUUCUCCUGCAAAAUGUCUUGAUAAACUUGGGAAUUCAUUUUUCCUUCGAUGAUAGCAAUCCGUCCAGGCCCUGAUGCAGCAAAGCAGCCCCAAACCAUGAUGCCCCCACCACCAUACUUCACAGUUGAGAUGAAGUUUUGAUGUUGGUGUGCUGUGCCUUUUUUUUCACCACACAUAGUGUUGUGUGUUUCUUCCAAACAACUCAACUUUGGUUUCAUCUGUCCACAGAAUAUUUUGACAGUACUGCUGUGGAACAUCCAGGUGCUCUUGUGCAAACUGUAAAGGUGCAGCAAUGUUUUGUUUGGACAGCAGUGGUUUCCUCUGUGGUAUCCUCCCAUGAAAUCCAUUCUUGUUUAGUGUUUACGUAUUGUAGAUUCGCUAACAGGGAUGUUAGCAUUUGCCAGUGACUUUUGUAAGUCUUUAGCUGACACUCUAGGAUUCUUCUUCACCUCAUUGAGCAGUCUGCGCUGUGCUCUUGCAGUCAUCUUUACAGGAUGGCCACUCCUAGGGAGAGUAGCAGCAGUGUUGAACUUUCUCCAUUUAUAGACAAUUUGUCUUACCGUGGACUGAUGAACAGCAAGGCUUUUGGAGAUACUUUUAUAACCCUUUCCAGCUUUAUGCAAGUCAACAAUUCUUAAUCGUAGGUCUUCUGAGAGCUCUUUUGUGUGAGGCAUCAUUCACAUCAGGCAAUGCUUCUUGUGAAAAGCAAACCCAGAACUGGUGUGUGUUUUUUAUAGGGCAGGGCAGCUGUAACCAACACCUCCAAUCUCAUCUCAUUGACUGGACUCCAGUUGGCUGACAUCUCACUCCAAUUAGCUCUUGGAGAUGUCAUUAGUCUAGGGGUUCACAUACUUUUUCCACCUGCACUGUGAAUGUUUACAUGGUGUGUUCAAUAAAAACAUGGCAACAUUUCAUUCUUUAUGUGUUAUUAGUUUAAGCAGACUGUGAUUGUCUAUUGUUGUGACUUAGAUGAUGAUCAGAUCACAUUUUAUGACCAAAGGGUUCACAUACUUUUUCUUGCAACUGUAUGUCUCUUACCAAGCCCCCUCUGUGUGUCUCUUACUCCCCCAUAAUCCCUUUUGUAGUCACUUCGCCCUCGUUAUUUUGUGUGUCUCCCACCACAGCCCCUAUUGUAUCUAUCUUCCCUUCAGCCCCUGUGUGUGUCUCUUCCCUCUAUCCCCACAGGUUCUCUUUGAGGUUCUUUUGUGUUACUCUCAGUGAGCAGCUUCCUGUUAGACUGGGUAAAGAAUACAGAAGAUCCUCUCCCGCUGUCCGCUCCGCCACACUACAUGAAAAGGCUGACAGAAGGAGGAGCUCUUUCCUACCAGUCACCCUGAAAAUUGCACCCCUAGCCAGUGUGCCCUAAGUGGUGGCCUUUGCCAGCCCUGCUUCUAGACCAAGUACAAAUGUGUGAAAGGCUGAAGCUGAAGUUAAUGCUUGUGUGUUUUUCAGACUGUAGUACUAUGUAACUUUGUAACUUAUGCUAUUCCCCAAUCAUUCCCCUUGGAACUGGUCCAUGCCCAUAGAGCCCUGAUGUCAAAAUACAUUAACCAAAGCAAUUAAGAGACUGUACCAAAACAGCAGCAGCCCAAACUGCCAUUGCUGAUGUCAUCAAGCAUGGUAACUAUUGUCCAAUGAAAUGGUUAUCAUAGAGAAGCAUUAAGAACAAUGUAUGAGGGGUUACUACAAUGUUUUUCUAUAAGAAACAUUUCCAGCACAUUACGCACUCAGUGUUCUCAUACUUUCCAUGCUGACACAAAGUUUACAAAAUAUUGAAUUAUUAAAUCUAUUUUAAUCUGAAGCCCCUAGUGGCUGUUUGAGAUGUAGAGAUUACAAAAAGAAAACAUUGCUUUUUCUCAGAAGCAGAACUGUUUUCAACUGCAAAGAUGCAGGGGCAGCAUCUAUUAAAUGAAGUGUAGUGACUUUUCUCAAAUUAUCAGAAAAACAAAUUUUAUGUCAUAGGUCCUUUGUGACCUUUCAAAUGUAUCUUUAUAUUACAAAUUGUCUUUAUUGAUGCUCCAUCAUCGUGGCUGCUCUUUUCAUAAUUCACAUGUUCUUUAAAGGACCACUAUAGUGCCAGGAAAACAUACUUGUUUUCCUGGCACUAUAGUGCCCUGAGCGUGACCCCACCCUCAGGGUCCCACUCCCGCCGGGCUCUGGGGAGAGGAAAGGGGUUAAACUUACCUUUUUUCCAGCGCCGGACGGGGAGCUCUCCUCCUCCUCUCCGCCUCCAAUCCUCCUCUUCGGCUGAAUGCGCAUGCGCGGCAGGAGCUGCGCGCGCAUUCAGCCGGUCUCAUAGGAAAGCAUUUAUAAUGCUUUCCUAUGGACGCUGGCGUCUUCUCACUGUGAUUUUCACAGUGAGAAGCACGCAAACGCCUCUAGCGGCUGUCAAUGAGACAGCCACUAGAGGCUUUAGAGGCUGGAUUAACCCAUUUAUAAACAUAGCAGUUUCUCUGAAACUGCUAUAUUUAUAAAAAAAAGGGUUAAUCCUAUAGGGACCUGGCACCCAGACCACUUCAUUAAGCUGAAGUGGUCUGGGUGCCUAGAGUGGUCCUUUAAUUGAUCCAUGUCUGCUGCUUUUAUACUCAAAAACUAUAUUUGAAUUUGAAAUUCACUUUGAAUAUUUUCUAAUUCCCAUUAUGAAUGGUAAUGUAAGGCUAGUGUUAUAGCAUUUUUUCCCCCCGUAAAUAUUUGUUUAUUAAAGGGACACUAUAGUCACCAGGACAACUACAGCUUAUUGAAUUUGUUCUGGUGAGUAGAAUCAUUCUCUUCAGGCUUUUUGCUGUAAACACUGUCUUUUCAGAGGAAAUGCAGCGUUAACAUUGCAGCCUAGUGAUAACUCCGCUGGCCACUCCUCAGAUGGUUGCUAGAGGUGCUUCCUCUAGCAACCAUCACAACAUAUCAGUAUCUCCUUCCUCUGCAUGCAGACACUGAACUUUCCUCAUAGAGAUGCAUUGAUUCAAUUCAUCUCUAUGAGGAGAUGCUGAUUGGCAAUGGCUGUGUUUGACUUGUGCUGGCUCUGCCCCUGAACACGUGGUAGCGGCCAUCUUGCCAUACGAACGCACAGCGGUGUUUGGUCGUUGAGUGUCUGGAAAAUAAAUCCCACGAACAAGGGGAUUCAUACAAAUGCAAGCACAGCCCUGCAUAUUCAGUAUUUUCGUGCCUUUUCCUCCACGAACAGAGACCGCCCGCAAGGCCAAAAUGCAUGGAACUGAUUUUGGCUACUACCUCGUGUGCGAUCGGUCAAACGAAUACAUCCAUGUAAUUCCCGAACCCUUGGUCCAAUCUGGGUGAUUUUUGAGUAUGUUGCUCACCCAGAUCAGAGCUACCAGGUGAUGUAAGAUUUAGAGGUGUAUCUUGUGUAUUUGGGGUACAACCAGAAAACGGGGAAAAGUGUGUACUGAAUAAUGGGAUUAUCUGUCACGCUGAGGGGAGGAGAUGUGUGGGUUGUAACUUGUAUAUGAUUGGGUACUGUAUAAUUUUCUGUGGGUGCCUCGCUUGCAUGGGAGAGAUGCAUAAAAGCAGGGUAUGUGGAAUAAAAGAUCAGUUCUGCUCCUGAUACUGUGUGUCGUCCAGUUAUUGGGAAAGGUGAUGGGAUAUUCCUGGAUUAUUUUCUUUACUACUAAUGCUGUUUAUCCUGGCUUAACUUCUUGUUCCUACAUUACUAUUGGAAUACCAGUGGAGAAGUCUAUGGGAAACUAGUGCUCCACUACAGGUAUUCACCCUGGCUUUAUGUGAUAAUGACUAUGCUCCUCCCCUACGUGACACUGUCAAAAAGGGGCCAAGCAUGGAUGUCAUUACAAUUAUGCCCCUGGAAAAAUUCCUGCGGUCGCUCAUGGCUCGAGCAUGGUAUAUGAGGAAUAAAGUUCUCAUUCUGUUGUCCCAGUCUUCUCUGCAUGGAAUUAAGCCUACUUGAUAUUUAUAAAGCAAUUCAGGUUGCAGUUGAGAAGAAAAAUAGGUAAUUGGCACACUGCUCCACAUCAUUGCCCUCUUUAGGCAAUAUGGUAAUGUUGGCAGAGAGAGUCUGGGCACAAAUGCUACUCCCAUCCCUGAUGGAAUUAAAAGCUAUUACGUAGUAUAAGUAUGAAAUGUAGGGAAAGUGUUUAUAAUAUUGUAUUGGGAAGCCAUCUGUUCCAGGACUAUUACCCACCUUGACUGCUAGGGCAAACUAUUCUCUACUCCUUUGAAAUGGGUAUAUCUAGGCUAUCAGUGUCCUCCACCUUCAACCCAUGUAAAUGUUUUGGCAAGCAGCCCCCGAUUCCCAGGCAGUCCAUGCGACCACUGGUGAUAAGCCCUCAUGCUGUAUGUUGUUAUGGUCUAGGUACUAUGAUACUGAAUCUGUGCUGUGCGGGCCUUCUUCAGUGCAGUGCUUUUGGUGAUGAAGAGGGUUAUACAUACGCACUUAUGGGCUUCUCAGAGCACAAGUAAUAGCACCAACUCCGAGGCGUUCCUCUGAAAAUAUUGGCUCCGCAUGUCCUACGUCACCUGCAAGAUCCACUCAUCUGAGAAUAGUGACUAAUUUAGAUGCUAAUUUGAGGCCCGAAGUCGAUGCAAGGGGAGGAAAGCGAGAUGGAGAGUGGAGAAUAGUCUGACCAUGAAGCGCACGGCAGUAUCAGAGCACAGCUUUUUUUCUAAUUUGAAAUGUGUAACUGAAAAAAAUGUUAUAAAGACAAAUCAUAUAAAUAUUUCCCACACUUCAUUAAAAAUGGACAUUUGUUAGAAACAAAAUUCUAGAUUAUAUAAAUUACAAACCAUGCCUUUACAAUAUGUUAAAUAUCUUCACCUAUAUGUGAUUGAGGGACAUGUUGUAAAGCUAAUUUAUGUGAAAUGGGGAGUCACAGAAAGGAAAUCAGGUGAUCGGCAGGGACCAAGCCCAUUGUGAGAGUCACCAGUGUACAGAUGUCACUGAUAGGGUCAUUAGUAGCAACAUGACUUCUGCAGUCGAGAUGAUCAAAUGAUAUGUAUCAAGGUAGAAGGAUGAACUGAACAUAGUCAGCAGUUGCUGAAUCACACAUAUACAUGUUCCACCACUACUUUAUGAUUUCAUUUUUCUUAUAGGAAGAAUUACUACUAUAUAGAUGGCGCUAUCCCUCUUUGUCAAUUCAUGGAAUUGAAGGUGCUUUUUCUGGAACGGGAACAAAAACUGUAAUUCCUGCAAAAGUAAUUGGAAAGUUCUCUAUACGCCAAGUCCCCAAUAUGAAUCCAUCGGUGGUGGAAAAACAGGUAUAUUAUUUACUGUGUAAAUAAGUGAAUUAUGUACUAUGUAAGUCACUGCCAGGGGAGGUGUGACUAAGACUGUAUAAAUAAAGUGGGUGGAGCAUACUCCCGAAACAAGAUAUAUGGGAUGAGCAUACGCACGAACAGUUCAUUCGUUAGUUUUAGCUUGUUUUGUACUCCUGAAAGAGACCGACCACACAGCCUGAUUUCAUGGAACUCUUUUGGGCAGGCGCCUCCUGUGCGGUCAGUCUAAACUAUACCCCGGUGGCGUUUCGGCUGCGUUUGUAGGAUCUGAGUGCUUUUUGCAUAUGUUGAGCGCUCAGGUCCAGGCUAUCCGGGGAUAUAGGACUUGAGGGGGUACCUUGUUGUUGUUAACUUUAUGCUUUAUAUUAUUAUUAUGUUAUUUAUAUAGCACCAUCAAAUUCCACAGCGCUUACAAUGGGUGGACAAAUAGACAUGUAGUUGUAACCAGACAAGUUGGACACACAGGAACAGAGGGGUUGACGGCCCUGCUCAAUGAGCUUACAUGCUAGAGGGAGUGGGGUAAAAUGACACAGAAAGUUAAGGAUUGUAUUAGACUAGUGACAGUUGCAGAAGAGGAAUCAGUCAGGAGCUAUUAGCAGUUCAAUUGAUAUGCUUUUAUGAAGAAGUAGGUUUUUGACGAUUUUUGAAGGAGUGGAGACUGGGUGAGCAUCUAACGGAGGAGGGAAGCGAGUUCCACAGGAAUGGUGCAGCCCUCGAGAAAUCUUGUAUAUGUCCUUGAUAGACAUGUGCAAUUCAUUUCUGUCCUAAUUUCGUGCAAUUCGGAUGCUUCCGAAUGUCCGAAGUCCCGAAUUGCCGAACCAAAGUGUGGAAGUCCCGAAUUGCAGAAGUGCCGAACCAAAUUUUUUUUCUUAUCCGAAUUUCCGAACUGAACCGAAUUUUUGGAUCAUGCACAUCCCUAGUCCUGGACCUGAGCGUUAAUAUAAUUAUGUUGUGUAUUUUGUCUGAGUCCACUCUCAGGUCCAGUGGGGAAUGCCCCGCGAAUAUAUAUCAGGAAACCCUUUGCAUGGGGAUUCACAUAAAAGGCCUUGUGUGGCUCCACUAAAACCAGUUAUACCCCCAGAGCUGAGUAUCGUCCAGUUGUUGGGGAUGCGGUGGGAGAUUCCUGGAAUACUGUACUAUAUCUGGCUGAUCUAUUGGAGUAUUUUAUUUGUUCCUGAGCCAGUCUUGGAGUACCCAGCGGAGGAGAGUCCCUGCUAGGACUAGGGCUCCGCUACACCUAGCAUUUUGUAGAUUAUUUUAUUAAUAUAUGCAUUUGCCAGCUGGCAGCUCUAACAAUGUGCUGCCCCUCCCAUCCUUAGUGAAUAACCCUUUCUGAAAAAAUAAAAAAAUGUUAAGAUAGAAACAAAUUAGGCAGUAGAAAUAUAGUAGAAAAUAAUUGACAUUUAGCCCCUUGAUAUACAGAUCCAUUAACAAAACUAAUUGUUGCAAACAUUUCCCCUUUUUGUAGGUUGCAGAUUACCUGCAAAGCAAAUUUGCCGAAAGGAAAAGUCCUAAUAAAAUUAAUGUAACGAUGGUAAUUGGUGCAAAACCAUGGCUGGCUGAUAUGAACGAACCUCAGUAUUUGGCAGCCAGGAAAGCAGUAAAAAGAGGUAAGAGUUACAUUUAUCCAAAGUGAAGGAACUUUGCACCAUUGAACAGAAAGAUAUUCUAAUACAUCAUAAAGCGUAAAAAUACUGGACAGUAUUAGAGUGUUUACAUAUAGAUUCUACCGCAUGAUUAGGCAUUUGUGAAUAUACUUAUUUCAAAAUAGUUUUUAAGAAAAUCCCAUUCAGCUGAUUUCCAAUGGGGCGUAUUUAAGGAUAAGUAAUGGGUUCAUCACCCCAUGACAAAACAGUACAAUUUAUGCAAUAUAAUUGAAUAAUAAAUUAUUAAUUUGUAUAUUGAUAUGCUGUUUAGUAGUGUAUUCAUUGUGCAAUAUAUGUAUAUAUCUAUGAAAUAAGAAAAACACACACUGAGAAAUCUAGUGGAGACCAGCAAAUUGGUUACAAUUUUGCAGAAAUUAUAAUUUAAUGUACACAUUCCAUGGUGUUUUCCUGUGCUCUAGUGUUCAAUACGGAUGCAGACAUGAUUCGAGCAGGAGGAACUAUUCCAAUUGCAAAGAACUUUGAGGAAGUGUUAGGCAAAAGUGUCAUGUUACUCGGGAUUGGUGGGCCAGAUGACGCUGCCCAUGGACAGAAUGAAAAGAUAAGCAAGUAUGUUAUUACUCUGCACUACUUAUGCCUUUGUGCAGAAUUAAAGCAUGCAAUAUCUAUGUUACACACAUGUAAUGUAAACAAGUAAAAAUUACUUCUGAAGUUUUUACUGUCACUAAAGCAUAAGACAGUUUUUAGUGCUCUCUAGAAAAGUAUUAACAUAGGUGCUCUUUAAUAUAUUUUUAGAAAAUAAGCUGUCAAACUAUUGUUUAAGAGACAUCAACGAUUCAGUUUUGAUGAUCCUGUCCCUAACUUUAGGUCCUGUCGCCCCUGUGCGCAUGUGAGGGUUAAAAGCCCUUUAAACCCUUCACUGCUGGAUUAAUCUCCUCCUUUAGCAACGUAACGCAAUGGAGGAAUUUAAUGAGCAAUGAGCGCACAUUAGAAUUUCCCCAUAGGAAAACAAUGUUUUCCAUGGGAAUUUUUUAAGACCCUGGAUGUCUUCCGGCAAAGCAUGAGGAUGUCCAGCACAAACCCUGUGAAAUUGCAGGAAGAACUUCUUGUUGCUUAGCAGGGAAAGGUAAAUUCUACUUACCAGAACCUGUCCCUUGCGGGUGCCGCUGUCUUCCUCUGGCAGGUCCUCUUCAGUUCCUGUUGCUUCAACACCACGAGCCGACAUCACUGUUGUACGCUAGCGAAUGCGCAAGAGUACAUAAUUGAAAUUUAUGGAGAAUCCCGCAAGACUGCAGGAUCCUCCAUAGACAGAACCAAUUCCCUGCUGGCGUCACUCUUGAAAUUAUCACUUCGGUAGCUCUGCUCAAUGUCUAGAAGUGUCAGGAAUAUGAAAUAUACAGAGACAAAGCAGUCCAUUCUUCCUCACAGUAUAUCUCUUGACUGGGUUGGAAUUUCAGUUAUAUUUUUUUAUGAAAUACACAUUUUUCAGGGGACGGGGGUGAUUGUGCUGCUUUAAGGGACCAGGAACACUGCACUCAGACCACUUAUUAAGAUGAAGUGGUCUGGGUGCCAAUAGUGUUCCUUUUAAUGUUGUGGCUGAUCAGUGUAUAAGAUAUGACAAACUCUGUGGUGUCUACUUCAGCAAAUUGUAUGCAUUUAUUGAGUAACUUGAACAGACAAACUGCUAAAAUGCUCCAAAAUGGAACCACAUGCGCAGUAAGCGUGUGCAUUAGAAAUUCCAAAUAGGAAAGCACUAAGAGCAUUUAUGAACUCACUGGAGUUAAACUCAGUAGGAAGCCAGAAGUGCCUUGAGUCUUCAUCCUGCAAGUAAACACUGAUGUCUCCCUGAAAUUUCAAUGUUUUUACAUCCGGGUUAAGAGAACAGGGGCACUUCAUCCAGACCUUUAGAGUCUUUUAGCUACCCAAACUAGAACAGAGAUGGAUAAUUAGUCAGUCACUGGUAUUAUUUGAAGACUGGGUGUUGGUUGAGCACAUUAGAACAUUAGGUAGUAUGGACCUUGACUCCCUCCAAGAAUCAUACAUAGCUUUUACAAUCCUAUUUUUCACUAUUUAAAAAAAGAUAAGAAAAACAAAACAUAUGUUAAAAUAGUUGGUAAUCCCAUUUUACCAAUUAAACUGUAAUGGUUCUGGUGUUGAGAAUGACCUUUAAUGUCUGACAUGUACUGCAAAAAUCCUUGUAACGGACCGUUUUGCACACAAGGGGUAAAAACCGUUUAGGCGAUCGGCCCCCUUUCCAGAGAUACAGGCACAGCUACUGCAGAACACCAAACUCCCAAACUGGAUACAAAAUAGCACUCCAAAUCCCGAACUGGAACCUCCCAAAUAGCUGCUAGCAGACGAACAGGAAAAGCAGACAAUCAGCUUACACUCCUGGCAAUCAGUCUCUAACAGCAUACAGUGAAUCCCCCCAAGAACGAGACAAGGCUCUGUGUUGAGGGUCAAGCAGUGGUCUGAGGUGCUGGCACACCCAGCCUGGUUUUUAUUACAGUCUUGCAAAUACAGGACCGCCCACAUGGAGGUAUAAAACAACCAAUCACAUCACAUUUACAUCUCACAUAUUCCCUCCCCUUAUCCUGAGAGGAAAUUCAAUUACACAUACAGUUAAAACAUACUUUCUACCCAACUUUCAUAACUCUAAAACCAUACAUCACAUUCACAUAAAAUUACAUAUUCACAAUCAAUCCAUUCAGGGGAACAACAUAUUAAAAAAUGGCAUGAAUCCGACCAGGGGUUCAAAAGUUAGUAAAAAGUAUCUUUUGUACCCUGGCUGGCAGCAUGGCUAUCUGGCUCAAACAGGUUUUACAGAGCCCUCUAUCCUGGACAAUGGGGAAAGUAAUCCAAUUAUCCAGGGAUAGAGGCAGACUCCAUUGAGCACAUGGGGACACAAAGACAGUAAAACACUUUAAAAUACAUCAGGUAAGACACCUUACAUUAAAACUAUACAUUUAACAUAUCCCCAGAUAGCUCAGGUCUGAGCGCACAUUAUUAAGUGAAUGGCGCUCAGACCACACGAAUACAGUUUAAUCGCCAUGGAGCCAAAGUCUUUACAGUCAGUUUCAUACGAAUGGGCUCCAUGGGAUUCCUAUCUGGGGUAUAACACAUUCAAACAAAUCUACCGAACCCCAGGCAGAAAAGCACGAAUGAAGCUUUUCUGCAGGUAAAAAAAGAUGUCUUUUAACAGGGGGCCAUAGUCCAAAGGCAGCAGGCGAGCAACCAGGCUUCUCCAAUGCAAUGUGGCGAGAUUGGUCUCGUCAUAAUCCUCAAGAGGAGGAAGUUAAAAGGUUUACAUCAGAUGUCCAUAUCCUAACUCCAAUCCCUUUUAUUUUACAUUUUAAAAAUACCUUAAACUGUUGACUACUUUUAACAUGCCUUUGUGCCGAUUUUCAUUUCAAUAUCUUUUUUUAGGUUCAACUACAUCGAAGGCACAAAGCUGUAUGCAGCUUUUCUCCAAGAACUUGCAUCCAUAUGAACAAAUGGACUAGUAUAGAACCAAUAUAAAUUUGUUUUAAAAAUGGCAAGUUAGUUAUCUGAAUCUCAACUUAAGAAGAAAAAUAACCCCAGAUUUUCUUUAAAUAUAUUUUUUUAACACUUAUCUCACUCUGGGAACGUUUCAGUAUAUUGGAGGAGGCUGGUGUUCUACUUCUGGCAACAAAGGAUGACUGCAGCCUGUAACUGUGGUUGGGCAUAAACUAGUUCUUACUGAAAUGAUUCAUACACAUGCCCCAUAUUUUACUUUUUAAUAGAGUUUUGACCUAAUUGAUAAAGAUAAUACUUUUUUUUUUACCAGCUGCUACUUGGUAAAAGGUAUAUUACAAAUUUGAAUAAUUUAUGAUACUUUACAAUUUGUCUUACGCAGUGUGAAAGCAAUAGAUUUUGUCACGUUUCCAAAAUGAUUAAUGUCCAAAAUAAAAAUAAAAAAGUCACCCUUUUCCGAGAAAGAUUCCACAGUUUCACAGCUGAUAGUCGCACAGUAACUACCUUUUUUAUGUUAUGUGACUAAAACAGGAGGGAUAAUUAUUUGUCUGGCUGCUGCUUCUCAGAGCAGUUUGGCAAAGGAAAAUGUUGCCAGCCAAUGUUAAAGCCUGGCAAUUAUAUAAUUCCCCUCACCUUCACAUAAGUAUGUCUAUAAGCAGUGUAAGCUGUGGCUAUAUUAGCUUCUAGUGUGAUCAUUAUAAAACAAUAGAAGAUUUGAUUGGUAUUAAAAAAGCAGUAAUUCAAGUUAUGUGAAUUUAUGCUGGUAUUAAAACACAAAUUCUUGGAUGACAUUGUAAGACCAAGUAUGUAUUAACAACAGAAAGAUUGGCACACCCGAACAGUAGUCAUUAAUGGUGGACUACAAAAAUUUAUAUGUAUAAGGGUGCUCACUCCAAAAGCUCAAUUUCCAAAGAGCUAAUAAUAUAAUCAUAUAGUAAUAAAAGGAGGAGCACAAUCAAUAAAAAUGCAAAAAACUUUAUUGUAUAGACACACAUAUAACAGGUUUCAAGAAAGACAUCAUAAAGUGUCAAUAUGUUUAAACAUAUGUAUCCAAUAUGUAAACAAUGACUAAGACAAAAAGAAAAAGGAUCAAAAAUAGCAAAAUUCGGAUCUAAGUAAUGAACAAUACGUGGUAUAACCACUGGUAGAACAGAGAAAUGUUAUGAUACCUGUAUAAAAUAGUGAACCAAAAAGUACAUACCAAAGACCAAGAAACAUGAGAAGAGGGUGAAGACGUCAAACACAAAAUAGCCCCCAACGUUUCGACGCUAUCCGCCUUUAUCAAGGGAGCAUGUGGUGAAGGAAACGUAAUAACCUUUAUAUACCAACAUUUAAUUAAAACAUGAAAAACACCAGAGUGAAAUGGGUGGCCACCCAUGAAUGAUUGGAGCGCCCACAAUCAUAGUCACAUGACUAUGGUUGGUAAGGUAACCAAUAAACAAACACUGUUCAUCACAUUGUCACAUAUAUGAAGUAUACAUAUUUAGACCAAAAAUAAGUUUUUUUCUGUGAUAAGCAAAUACCAAAAUAUAUACUGAAAGAAUAUCAUAUGGAGUAUGAACAAAUAUAUAAUAGUAAGAUAUCAUAUAAAUAAAAAAAAAACUUCUGAUCACCUAAAUAAGUGUAAUAAAUAUAUUAAUACAGAGCCUGUAUUCUGGUCAUCAUGUCUCAAAACUCCAAAAGGACCGAAAGUAGACAUCUGUAACUUAAUCCAGCAGUCAUUCAGAACAAUAUCCUGUCCAUGUGCAGUAUAUCUGAACGAGGAACGCACAUGUGUUCCACUGUCUAACAAAGCCCACACCCGCAUCUGUGUACAUCCUCCGGAAGACAGG